UGUACUGUUAACUCCACGUGUUCAUGACACUAGCUGUUUUGUUCACAGAGAAUGUUAUAUAUGACUGAUAGCAUUGCCAUUGUUUUGAAGAGAAAGAGAGAGACAGAGAGUGGGAGAGAUGGCUAAUCACAAUUUGGUUAUAGAUGCAUGGAUUAAAGAAGCUGAAGAGGCUCUGAAGCUGGUGGAAGGUUUAGAGAACACAAUCAAGAACAGGAACCCAGAGCAUUUCAGCCUCAGAAGCACUGCAAAUUCAAAGCUUUUGGAGCUUGGUGUGAAGCUUGAUCGCUUAGAAUCACUGCUUCACAACCCACCCUCCAAACCCAACUUAACUGAUGAAGAAUUGAAAUUCCGAUGGAAAAUGCUAUCAGAUAUUCAGCUAAGAACUAGAGAAGUGGCUCUUAGUCUCUAUGCUUUUCCCUCCCCAAACAGGUCAGGGGGCUUACCUGCUGCAGAUGCAGAUGCCAAAGAAAACAGCACAGCAAUCAAGAGUUGUUGCCAAGAUCAAAUGAAAGUUUCUUCCUCCGAAGAAGAUUCAGAGCUUCUGGAACCACUUGUUUCAGAUGAUGCAACCCAAAGCCAUUCACAGUUUGGUUCUUAUAGACCAAUGAGUCUGCUUUGGAAGGCUUGCUGGACAAUCAUGGUUUUUUUGCUAGUGGCUGCACUGCUGUUCAUCUUUGUUCUCCUCCGUGCAGUUUUAUUAUCUAUGUAGUCAGCCUAAUGUUUUGGUGUUGGGUGGAUUUUUCCAUAAUUCUGAAGCAGCAUAUAUUUAUUGUUUUUUUUUUUUUUUGGGGCUAAAAAGGUGAAGUCAUUAGCAAUUUAUUAAUUAUAUAUUUGUUCAAAUUUUGGCAUUGUGUAACAGCUAAAGCCUCUUUUGAAGCAUCAAAUGUAUAGUUAAAAUUACAUAAGCAAUAUAGGUCAGAGAGUUGUAUGGGAUUGAUUGUUACUUACAUUCCAUUUGUUUUAGUGGAAAAUGUUUUUAUGAGGAAAAUUGUUUUCAGUGUUUGGUUACUACCCAAAAAAUAAUCCCGAUAUGCGAUAACAUUUUAU